CACGCGCGCGCACAGAGCUCCUCCUGUACGCAGACGGACACACACACACACACACACACACACGCAGACAGACAGGUGUCUUCUUCACAGAACCAUGUCUUCGUCCAGAAACUCCUCAAACUUCACGCACACUAACAGGUUCGCGCAGCCUCCGUGGCGCGUGGCGCUCUGGUCGCUCGCGUUCGCGCUGGUUCUGCUGGUGGCCGUUACCGGGAACCUGAUCGUGAUCUGGAUCAUCGCGGCGCACAAGAGGAUGAGGACCGUCACCAACUACUUUCUGCUUAACCUCGCGGCGUCUGACGUGUGUGUGGCCGCGCUCAACACGCUGGUCAACUUCGUGUACGGAGCGCACGGCGACUGGUACUUCAGCAGCGCGUUCUGCCGCUUCCAGAACUUCUACCCGGUCACCGCCGUGUUCGCCAGCAUCUACUCCAUGAGCGCCAUCGCCGUGGACAGGUACAUGGCGAUCAUCCACCCGAUGAAGCCCCGGCUCUCAGCCACGGCCACGAAAGGCGUGAUUGUGUGUGUGUGGAUUCUGGCCGCGGUGCUGGCCUUUCCGCUCUGCUUUUACUCUGUGACUGAGGUGAGGCCGCACCGGACGGUCUGCUACGUGUCCUGGCCGCGGCGCGACCACGACGCCUUCAUAUAUCACGUGAUCGUGGCGGUGCUGGUGUAUGUCCUGCCGCUGGCGCUCAUGGCGGUCACCUACAGCAGGGUCGGGCUCACACUGUGGGGCGGAGGAUUUCCAGGACACUCCUCGGGAAACUUCCAAGAUCACCUGCAGGCCAAAAGAAAGGUUGUGAAGAUGAUGGUGAUUGUGGUGGUAACGUUUGCUGUCUGUUGGUUUCCGUAUCAUGUGUAUUUCAUCGUAACAAGCUUCAACAGGAAGCUGAGGAGGUUCAAGUCGAUCCAGCAGGUGUAUCUGUCAGUGCUUUGGCUCUCCAUGAGCUCCUCCAUGUAUAACCCCAUCAUCUACUGCUGCCUCAACAGCAGGUUCCGUGCGGGCUUCAAGCGCGUGUUUCGCUGCUGUCCCUUCAUUCACGUGUCAGACAGCGACGAGCUGGAGCUCCAGAUCACCAGCCUCCAGCAGCAGCGGCAGAGCAGCCUGUACACGGUCACCCGCGUGGAGUCCGACGCUCACGCUAACCCGGCCCGACGGAAGAGCUCCAGCACCAGCCGCCGCAGCAGCCAGUCACGGCCCUCGGCCCGGCCCUCGCUCAACGGGGCCCUCCACGGCUAAGAGGAACCAGCGGACAUCGGCAGAGCAUACAACCAGUCUUUUGAUGCAUACAUCAUCUGAAAUAUGAAAAAAUAGUCUCUCCAUUGAUGUCCGGUUUGUUAGGAGAGGACAAUAUUUGUCUGAGAUACAACUAUUUGAAAAUCAUCUAGAAAGAAAAGCAAAUCAGCUUUAAUGUCCAAAUGAAGUUCUUAGUAAUGCAUAUUACUAUUCAACAAUUUGUAAAUUCAUAAAAUAUCUUCAUAGAACAUGAUAUUUACUUAUUAUCCUAAUGGUUUUUGGCAUAAUGGAAAAAUACAUGCAAGUAUACCUGAGCUGCUGAUGACUGCUUCUGACACGUAUGCCACUAAACACUCAGAGGACACACCGCCUGUUGAUGUUAGGGUUGUUAAACCUUCUUUGAUGGUCCCUUUUAGACAUUCUGUUGACUAUAAGUAAGUUUGCAGCUGUAUGUCAGCUAGCUCUCAUCAGACAUGUUCUUAUAAAGCUUUAGUAGAAUGUUGUUUGAAUGUUGUUGAAAGUGUUAGUAGUCCUUAAAUGGUGUGCAUGAUUUCACCAAGUACAAGAUGUUCCUGUUUCAAGACUCUUGUUGAUCGUGGAACAACAUUCCAAUCAACCAAUCAGAUUUGAGGGAUAAUUUUUCUGGAAAUAUCAUUUUUAGGCUUAUGAUCAGGGUCAGGUGCUUCUUCACCCUUGUUAAUCAGCUAUCAUUUCCCACUGACUUUAGGAAUUUAUUUUGGGUAGGGUUAGGUUCAGGGGUAGGAAUCAGGAUAAGUUUGGACAGUGAUGUUGAUUCAGGAUCAUGUCUUACUUAGGCAGUCCACCGCAUAGAAGUGACUUCAUAGAAGUGUUCAGAGCCAUUUUGUUGUGUAACAUGGGUUUCGUGAUAACAGAGAUGGAGUGUAAAUGCAUAGUUUACGAUAUUUAAAGAACAAGAAAAUCUGACUAAAAACUCACCAUUCUGCAAAACACUUCAAAAAGUUAGGUCAAAUUAAUAUCAAAAUAAAAGUCAAAAGAUUAUAAAAUAUCCGAGUUGAGCUGUUGUGAAGCAGGUGAAUGAGUGACAGGUGAGGAUUUCACGUCAAAUCUAAUGAGGGAUGCUAAUCAAACGUUUUGUUUCUCACCUGAAGACACAUAAAAAAAGAGUUUAAAAGAAUGCAAAAUAGGUCAUAAAACAUGGGAGUUUCAGUCAGUUAAAUAAACAUUAAAGAGAAUGAACAAAACGUAAAUUACAGGUUUAGUGCAAAUUGUUACAAAAUGUUUUCUGAAAGUAGGGUUGUAGUUUCUUAUGAUCCACAGAUCAUUUAACAGUGAUCGUCAAAGUGAAGGGUUAACAUGGGGUUAACAGGGUUAACAGGGUUAGAAUCCAGUGGUGUAAUAUUCUGAUUUCUUCGCUCAUAUUGAGCACACGGGUGUCCUCACUCUCUUUCACAAAUCACACACUCCUGUUGCAUGUUUUUUGGAGGUUUUGUGCAGAAAAAUCAGUAUUACCAGUUCACCAUAACCAGCAGUGUAAUGAUAAUAAACCUGUGUCUAACAGCA